UGACAGAGGAGCAUCACGUGACUGUGGUUUUCCCCUUUCGCUUCCGCUUUUGUUGUGUUUCUGACACAGAGAUCGUGUUGUGAUGUGCAGCGUCGGAUCAGCCACAGUGACACGGAAUAAAAGGAGCUAGCAGUCCACAGUGAUGCUUGAAACUGUAUGAGUGAGAAUGAAAAAUAAAAACUAUGACUGAGAUAAAUCCACCGGAGGACUCUAAGAGACCCAGGCGGCCUCGGACUCCUGGGCUCCUCCCCGGCCGCCUGCCCCCAAGGUCAAGGCCUCCUGCUCACCUCUCAAGGUCACCCCCCGGCGGCCCCGCUGACCGGCCCGGCGGUCGCGGCCACGCCCCAUUGGAUGGUCAGCUCUCCCCCACGCCCGCUCUUUGUGCCCGGCCCGAGAGCCAAGACGACCGCCCUCCUUCCCCACCGCCCUCCUCUCCCUUCCCUCCCUCCUCCUCCUCCUCCCCCUGCCCCUCCCUCCUCUCAGUCUGUCUCGCCACAGAUCACUUCAUCAGCGUCAGCCGGAGGAGCAGGAAGAGGAGGAGGAG